AGGUUAAGAAGAUUAUCAACCAAAUAUAGAACAGAAAAGAUCUAUCCAACGGCCACUGGUGAAAAAGAAGAAAAUGUUAAAAAGAAUAGAUAUAAGGACAUACUACCAUUUGAUCACAGCCGGGUUAAACUGACUUUAAAAACUCCCCCGCAAGAUUCAGACUACAUCAAUGCAAAUUUUAUUAAGGGAGUAUAUGGGCCAAAAGCAUAUGUUGCUACCCAGGGACCAUUAGCAAAUACAGUAAUAGAUUUCUGGAGGAUGAUAUGGGAGUACAAUGUUGCAAUAAUUGUAAUGGCUUGUCGAGAGUUUGAAAUGGGAAGGAAAAAAUGUGAGCGUUACUGGCCUGUAUGUGGAGAAGAGGCUGUAACUUUUGGACCAUUUCGUGUGUCUUGUGAAGCUGAACAAGCAAGAACAGACUACUUUAUUAGAACGCUAUUACUUGAAUUUCAAAAUGAAACCCGUAGUGUAUAUCAGUUUCACUAUGUGAACUGGCCUGACCAUGAUGUUCCUUCAUCUUUUGAUUCUAUCCUGGACAUGAUCAGCUUAAUGAGAGAGUACCAGGAGCAUGAAGAUGUACCCAUCUGUAUACACUGCAGUGCUGGGUGUGGAAGAACAGGAGCCAUCUGUGCCAUAGAUUAUACGUGGAAUUUGCUAAAAGCUGGGAAAAUACCUGAAGAAUUCAACGUAUUUAAUUUAAUACAAGAAAUGAGGACGCAAAGGCAUUCUGCAGUGCAGACUAAGGAGCAGUAUGAACUUGUUCAUCGAGCUAUAGCACAACUGUUUGAAAAGCAACUGCAAAAAUAUGAAAGUCAUGCAGAUUGGAAGAUUGUUGAUGGAGUGAACAGAUAUGAUAAAGUUGAACUACAGCAGGUGUUUGUAAAUUGCCCACUUGGAGAAAGUCAUUCCUGUUUUGAAGGCGCCACCUUCAAGAAUGAUAUUAAUACAGAAAAUGCCAUCAGUUCCUCAGACCUUGAGAAACCUGAUUCUCCUCCACCAAAACCUCCACGGACUCGCAGUUGCCUUGUAGAAGGAGAUGCUAAGGAAGAAAUCUUGCAACCGCCAGAGCCUCAGCCCGUACCACCCAUCUUAACACCAUCUCCUCCUUCAGCCUAUCCGACAGUCACUACUGUGUGGCAGGACAAUGAUAGAUACCAUCCAAAGCCAGUUUUGCACAUGGUUUCAUCAGAACAUUCAACAGACCUCAAUGAAAACUAUAACAAAUCAAUUGAACAUUCAGGGAAGAAUGAACCUAACGAACGUGCAGAGAAAAAGCUUGAGCGGAACCUAAGUUUUGAAAUCAAGAAAGUACCUCUUCAGGAGGGACCACGAAGCUUUGAGGGGAACACUCUUUUAAACAGAGGACAUGCAAUUAAAAUUAAGCCUGUUACAGCCUGUGUAAUGGAUAAGACCUUUAAGCCACAGGAGCACAGUUCAGGGGGUUCACUUGUUGAUGUUUCUCAAAACUCCUGUCUGGAAUCUAACACAGCUGUAGUACCUUCUCCAGAAGAGCUGCAGAGUCGGAAGGGUUCUGACACUCCACCAAGACCAGAUCGUUUGUCUCUCAAAGAGAAGGGACAUGAUUUGUGGUCACUACAUGGGUCUGAAAAUGCACUGACUGCAUCUGUGUCCGAGGAUGUCUCUUCAGAUGUCUUGUGUCAUGGUAUAAAAACUGCAACUCUAGCACCAAACACCACAUCUCAAGUGGAACCCCCUUCCAGUAAUACACCUGAGGAUCAUAGCAGUACAUUUCCAGUUCGAGCACCCCUCUGUUUUACUAAUCCUCUUCAUUCAGAUGAUUCUGACACAGAUGAGAGGAACUUUGAUGGAGUCCUGACCAGCAGUAUGUCUAAUAUUUCAACCGCAAGUGCCACAGUUUCUGCUGCCACUAGUUCUGAAAACAUUUCUGCUAGAAAAGUAUUGCCAGUGUCCAUUGCUAGGCAAGAUGUACCAAUAGUAAGACAUUCCGAAGAUGAAAAAGAUGCGGAUGGCAGUGAAGAUUCCACGCCCCCACUACCAGAAAGAACACCAGAGUCAUUUGUCCUAGCAAAUGAACAGAACACGUCUUUGCCCAUGCCAGUUACACUUGCACAAUCUGCUGAUUGGAAUAUACUGCAUGAUCCACAUCUCUCUGAACAAACAGUAUCUUCAGGCUUGAGACCAGCUGGGCAUGUAAAACUUGAUCUUCCAGAAAUGGGCAACAAAACACCAACAGAUAUUAUACCUCAGAUUUCUCUUUCCAGUUCUACUGAUAUGAGAGGUCAAAUUUCAGAAAUUCCUGCAGAGAUAACAGAUAUUGGCUUUGGGAACCGUUGCAGAAAACCAAGAGGACCAAGAGAGCCACCUUCAGAAUGGACAUGAUGCAAGAACUAUAAUCCACAUCCUUUAAAUUAUACUGGAAUAUUAAAGUGCCACUGAGAACUAGAUAAAUAGUAUUCUAUUUCUUAUUCUGGGGGACUAACAGAGCAGUGUAGAUUUAAAUGCAGAAUGGUACACUUUUUACUGUACAUCCCACAUAAAACCUUAAACAUUUCUCAAAACAGUGGAUUCCAGUAUUACAACCUAACCUUGCUGGGGUCAUCUACCUGCCUUAUUACACUUAGGAAAAAGUAUUACAUAGGGUUUAUUUUGUAACUUCAAGUAUUAUUGCCUUAAUGUCUUUUAACCCUGUUACACGCUGCUUGUAGACAUAUGUUAAUAUAGUGAUACUCUUGACAAACUGAGUUUAUGGACUACUUUUUGCUAACAUUUAAUUACCAUGUAUGCAUUAUUUUGUAUAUGUAUAGGGCAAGUAGGUAAAUAAUUUGAUAAAGUUGCAAUCAUAAAAUAUUAACAGAAGAUGUAAGAAAUCUCUGCAUGAUCUAAAUUUUUGUGUACCUUAUUUGUAAAUUAUUUACCCUGAAGCUUUAGAAAAUAGCUUCUGAUUUAAAAAAAUUCUGGACAUGUAGCCAGAAUUGCAGGUUAGCAGAGAUAAAGAUUGUAAUACAUUUUGUAAAUUGUAAGCAAAAGGUUAUUUUUAUAUUAUAUACUGUUUAAUUGUCAAACCUAAUUUGUUCUGGUUUUCAUCUAGUCAUGGAGAUUCAGUAAGUGCCUUGGAACAAUAUUGAAUUCUCUUAGCCUGUGUAUGUUACCUUCAGUGUUUGAGUUCAUCGGGGAUUAGAAGACUAUCAAAGUAUCUGUAUGUUUUUAGCAUAUUUGACCUACAAGUAAAAGAGAACUCGUUAUAAGUAACCAACACUCCUUAGUUUUCAUUUUACUAUUUCAUCACUUGCAGUCUUUAGACAUGAAUUUCCUACAGACUUUCUAUUUGAUAGUUGGUUUAUUGUUACAAUAUAAUAUGGUGUGUAUUUCUACUUUUGCAGACCUUUCAAGACGCACUGGAAAAGGGACUAUUUGAGAGCCUCUGUCUUCUGUUGUACUCGUGAAAAUAGUAUUUUGAUCAUUCAGCAAGUGUGUAUAUAUGAAAGAAACUUAUUAUAUGAUGAUUCUUACAGAGCCCCUGCAGCUACACUGUAUCUUGGCAAUAUACCAUGCCAAGGAUGAAUCCUUUUAAGGAUUCUCCCAUUAUGAACUUUGCCUCUGUAAUAAUGAUAGAAUCUUUAAAUUAAAGCAACUCAAAAGUUCAUUAUGGGUUCAAGGAAACUGUAUAUUCAUAAAUAGAAUAAACAGAUUAGAAUAUGGGAUUAGGGUCAUGUUCAGGUUCUUUGUUUGGUAGAUCUUCAGUGAGCCUUACUCCAGAAAUUAAAAUAACCCUUGUGGAUACAGAUUUUUGUUCCUAUUAACAACAUUGUAUGUUCUACCUAGUUAUAAUGCAAAAAGUAAAGUUCAGCAUAGUGAUAAGGUAACAGAAGAAAACAGGUUUUUACAGUUUAUUUGAAAGUUGGUAACAGUACUUUGUUCCUGAACAUGUGUGCAUCUAGACUCAAGAUGGAAGGAUCAGGUAUAAUCCACAGUGAAGGGACUGUAGGGCUCGUCUACAAAGAGAGGCUGAUGCACCUACUAUUAACUAAGUGUCUUUGUGCAGGAUGGCUGUGGAGUGAACUGCCUUGCACUGGGCAUGCCUACAUGAGAUGUUUACUACAAAGCUGACUAAUAGCUCUGCAGUAAACGUCUCGGCAUCUACAUAUACCUGUUAGGGCACAGGAAACUAAUAAGCUCUGCUGCACGUUUUUUUCAU